AAUAAUGAAUUUAACCCUCAGUUGACCCCUGUACGGUAGAUAUAAAUGGUCCCCCUCCUAUGUUUUAUGUUACGUCUUCCACUCUCUGCUGCCCCCAGGGGAUGUUCUGAUGCCAUCAGGAAAAACGGCUGAGCCUGUGAUCAUAGAUAAUCUUGAUUCUACUGUGACUGUUCAGUACUCGCCCAGUGAGGCUGGUCUGCAUGAGAUGCACAUCAAAUAUAAUGGCACACACAUUCCAGAGUCUCCUCUUCAAUUCUACGUGAACCACCUCAGCAGUCCAAAUGUGACGGCCUAUGGUCCUGGAUUAAGCUACGGUGUUGCUAAUAAGUUGGCUUUGUUUACUGUUUGCACUGAGGAAGCCUCUGAAGGUGGUCUAGAUCUAGCUGUUGAGGGUCCGUCCAAAGCAGAGAUCAGCUGUGUGGACAACAAAGAUGGGACGUGCAGCGUCAGCUACCUCCCCGUGCUGCCUGGUGAUUAUAACAUCCUGGUCAGAUACAACCAGCAGCACAUCACUGGAUCACCCUUCAGUGCUAGGAUUACUGGUCAGUCUGGACACACACACACACAAAUACAAACUACGACACCCAAUAGAGGGGUCCUCAACUUAUGUCAGAGUUCCAUUCCUACGGUGCAACAUAACAUAAAUCUGAACUUUCAUACCUGACUUUAGUCAUUCACCUACACUAAAACAGUGGUCAUAUCAUAACCCAGGGCUUUCGAACAUCAGAAGGGUCUGACUUUCACCUGGGAGCCAUAAUGAAGGGCAAAAAGUUUCCAACAAAAAUAAAACGCAAAUUUAAAAAAAAGUGUGUGUAGAACAAUCCAGUGUAUGCCUUUAAACCAGCCAAUGUAAACAAAGACAUCUUCUGAGUAUAGUGUCGGGUGACAGUUUGUGCACAAAAAGUUUUCA